ACCGAUCUUGGAGUUGGUUUAGUUGUGCAGCCGUUGUACAUAUCUGUGAUCGCUGAGAUACUGUCGAAAGAUUCUGUUUCGUCUAACGAUUCUGAGUGCAAUACCAAAAUUGCUUUCCUCGUCUUGGGAACGUUUCUAACCAGUGCCUCAUUCUUCAUUGUUUCAGCGAUCAGUUUUGAUCGCUUCCUCGCUGUUACACUUCAUUUACGCUACAGAGAAAUCGUGACAGAGAGGAAGGUAACCAUCACCAUUUCUGUCUUGUGGACGCUUAGUGCAGUUACCUCGGUUGGGUAUUUGUUAAUCGGAGAUAUGAACAGAGAAGUUGUUUCCUUUGCCUUCAAGAUCAUCUUCUUUAUAACAACCACUUUAGCUUUUGCCAAAAUCCAUCUCGCUGUUCCUCGUCAUCGUUUGCAAAUAUCUGCGCAGGAGGGA